UGCGCACGUGGGGCUGUGAGUAGUACAGGCGGAAACAAGCGUGCGAGAAUCAUGGAGCACAGCAACAGCAUGGAUACUAACAAUAGUGAUUUUGAUGAUGAAGACUGCGAUCAGUCUAAUGAGAAUGACAAAAAUGAAGAAGAAGAACUCACGUUGGAUGAUGUAUUGCGUUUUGGAGGGACAAAGGCAGAUUAUGUCAUGUUGUCCUGCAUCAGUGAAUCUGCUGUGCUCAUCAAUGGUGGUAAGAAAGAUGCAAUUGAUGACCUGGAGGAGGGAGAGCUGGAAGAUUUCAUAACAAAGCUGGGCAUCCGUGCUUAUGCAGAGCAACAAAUUAUUAAAGAUGAACAGGAUGAAACAUCCUCAGAGGCGCCCAAAACGGAGAAAAAAAAGGCAAAGAGCUCCAAAAUGAAAGACGAUUCACAGUCUGAUGUGAAAAAUACUAUUAAACCCUUAACGGAGGACAAGAAAACCCCUGAUCAAUCUACAGACCUUUGCCAACCUACUGGAAGAAAGGCUAAACAGAAACACACAAACUUGUUUGAAUUAAUUCCGCGGCAAACCCUGCUUAUCAAACCUGGGGGGAAGUGGUACGAUAUAGAGUAUACUUCAGAAAGCACAUCUGUGGCUCAGAGUGAGUCAUUGGUCUUUCAGUACAAGGCAUUGGCUAAGAAACUCUAUGAGAAUGAAAUUACCCUCUACAAAAACAAGAAGAACUUUCAGAAAGGUGCCAACUCUGCUUGGAUGAAGAGUGUAGUGUCCACAGGAACUAUGACUGAUAGGAUGGCAGCUAUGACUGUGCUAAUUCAGGAUGCUCCUAUUCACAGUCUCGAGCACAUUGAGAGCCUUGUGGUUCUGGUGAAAAAGAAAGGAAGUCGCAGACAAGGCCUUAUGGCCUUGGAUACCCUUAAGGAGCUGCUGCUUUCUGACCUUCUUCCAAAACACCGCAAGCUUCACACUUUCUCUCAGCAUCCUUUUGAUCAGCUGGAGGAAAAAGCCAGUGGAAAUAGAGACGCCCGAGACCGCAGGCUCGUUCUAUGGUACUUCGAGCACCUGCUGAAGCUUCAGGUAGCAGAUUUUGUUGCUUCACUAGACAUACUGGCUCGUGAUACAGUCCAGGCCACCAAAAUGCGUUCGCUUGUCACCGCCUAUGAGCUGCUGUGCAAUCAGCCGGAGCAGGAGAAAGUGGUUCUAAUGCAAAUUGUCAACAAAUUGGGAGAUCCUGAAUACAAAAUUGCUUCCAAAGCCUCGCAUCUGCUGGAAACGGUGCUUUACAAACACCCCAACAUGAAGACAGUGGUGUGCUAUGAGGUUGAGCGCCUCAUGUUCAGACCCAACAUCAGUUCCAAGGCUCAAUACUAUGCCGCUUGUUUUCUAAACCAAGUAAUUCUGAGCCAUGACGAAGCAGAUUUGGCUACCAAGCUUAUCAACAUUUACAUCACGUUUUUCAAUGCCUGUAUUAAGAAGAAGGAUAUUGAGUCUAAAAUGCUCAGUGCUCUGCUAACAGGAGUCAACCGAGCGUAUCCGUAUGCGAAGGCUGGGGAUGACAGUGUGUGCAAGCAGCUGGACACGCUUUUUAAAGUGGUGCACAUUGUCAAAUUCAACACUGCUGUCCAAGCCCUAAUGCUGCUUUUUCAGGUCAUGAACACCCAACAGACCAUUUCGGAUCGCUAUUACGUAGCACUCUACAGAAAAUUGUUGGACCCAGGAUUAUCAUCGAGCUCAAAAAAAAGCAUGUUUCUCAAUCUCUUGUACAAGUCUCUAAAAUCUGACAUAGUGCUGAGACGGGUGAAGGCAUUUGUAAAGAGGUUACUUCAGGUCAGUUGUUUACAGACCGCUGCCUUUGCAUGUGGUGCGCUGUUCCUUGUGUCAGAGGUGAUGAAGACCAAGCCAGGCCUCAAGUUACUGCUACAGGAAGAGGAGGAUGAGGAGGAAGAGAAGUAUCAGGACCUUGAAGAGGAUGUCGAUGACAGCAUUGCUGAGGAAAAACCUGUGGACGCUGACAAAGAUGAAAAAAUACAGAGUGUGCAACAAUGCCAGAUGAAGCCCACUGCAUCAUGGGUACAUCAUCAAAACUUGGAAGGUAGUUUAAAUAAAGUGACAUACGACCCCAUGAACAGAAACCCUUUACACUGCGGGGCAGAUCACACAGCCCUCUGGGAACUGCAGAAGCUGUCCCUUCAUUUCCAUCCCUCCGUGGCUCUUUUUGCUAAGACUUUAUUACAGGGAGAGUUCAUCCUGUAUACAGGGGAUCCGCUUCAGGACUUCACACUUAUCCGAUUCUUAGAUCGUUUUGUAUUUAGGAAUCCUAAGCAAACGAAGGGAAAACAAAACACAGACGCUACAGUGAUGCAGCCCAAAUACAGGGGGAAGUUCAACAAAAUUCAGUCAUUACCUGUAAAUUGUGAGGAAUAUCUGGCCAAAGAGGAGGGUCAGAUACCGGUGGAUGAGGUGUUCUUCUACAGGUACUUUAAGAAGCGAGAUGCAGAGAAACAGUGGAAAAGAACAAACAGAAACGAGGACACUGAGAGUGUGGAAGAUGUCGAUGAUGAUGAAUUUGAGAGGAUGCUUGAUGCUUAUGAAGGAGACGACUUUUUCAGCGAGUUCAAGAAUGAUGACUUGGACUUUGCAGGCAAUGUGAUGCCUAAGUCCAAGAAAGGUCGAGAUAAGGAUGCAGAAGAUUCUGAUGAUGAUGACGACGACGAUGAUGGUGAUGAUCUCGAUGACGAAGAGUUGUCUUUGGGCAGCAUGGAGGACGACUUUAAAGAUGAACUUGAGGAUGAAGGUGGAGAGUUUAUGGACAUAGAAGAACUAGAAGAUCAUGAUUCAGGUGCUCAACCUGCAAAGAAGAAAAAGAAAGGAAAAAUGGAGGAGCAGUCAGUGUUUGCAUCAGCUGAAGAGUUUGCCUGUUUGCUGGAAGAAAACACAAACUUGAAGUUUGAAAACAGUGAUAUGAAUGCAAUGGCCAAUACGGACAAAGCUGAUGUUAAGCAGCUGAAGUGGGAAGUUAAACGGAAUGACUGGAUCCAUGGUAGAGAUGUCAAAACACUGCGACGGAAAAAGGCCAUGUUCAACAAGGGAAAAUUCGGAAAAGCCAAAAAGAUGAAGAGUGUGAAAAGGAAGAAGUGAUGACCAGAAACUAGAAUAAUAACUUUAUAAUAUCAUCCUCCCAUUUGGUAGACCAGACCUUCUUAUCUGCUUCACCUGUGCCUUAGAUUCCUGUAUAUACAUGACGGGGGGGAAUGCUACAGUAUGUAAUGUUUCUAAAAUAUACUAGCUGUAAAGUGGUUUAGUCUGUAUUGGCUGUUUCAGGCUUUGCAGUGUUGUACUAAAUCCAGAGUUCAUCCACGGUUUAGAAAAUGCUUUAUUUUAUCUGUUUUGCUUUGUUAUUUUAAAAUGUUAAUAUUUUGUGUAAUAUCUAAUGUUUUAUUGGUCGUCACACACACAGUUGUUCAAGUCAGUGGGCAUAAGUAAACAUAUCAAGGACAAUAUUCUUUCACCAGUUCCAUUUUCUGCAUAUUUUCCCCAAUGCAUCACAAUAUUUUAAAAAGCAGAUGAACAUACAAGUACAAAACCUUGUUCAGCAGGGCUGUUUUCUGCAAUGCUUUUUGCAGACCUGAUAUAGAUUAAAACACCUGUGUAAACCAAA